AUGGCAGGAGAGUCAAGGUCCGAGCUCUUGGCGUGGCUCAAUGAGCUACUCAACCUCAACUACACAAAGGUCGAGCAGUGUGGCUCGGGAUUUGCCUAUGCCCAGAUUAUCGACUCCAUCUAUGGCAACGUCCCCAUGUCGCGGCUACACGCCAAUGCCAAGCAAGAGUAUGAAUUCAUCAACAACUUCAAAGUCCUGCAAGCCGUAUUCAAGAAGAAUAGAAUCAGCAAGCCCAUCCCAGUGGACAUGCUCAUCAAGUGUCGAAUGCUAGACAAUCUCGAAUUUCUCCAAUGGAUCAAGGGCUUCUGGGAUACAAAUUACCCUGGCACGCCUUACGAUCCAGAUGCGCGCCGGGCAGGUGUGGUAGCUGCACCACCACCCCUCAUCGGAGCAGCAUCGGUAGGAUCAGCUCGGCCUCUCCCUGGAAGGGGUAACGCAGUGGCUCCCGCAGCUCCUCGAGCCAAGCCUUCGGUGGGCGCUCGAGCUGCAAGCGGCUCCAGUGCUGCUGCAGCAAGGCGACCUGGUGGAGGAAGCGGAGCAAAGGUGUCUUCGGGAGGGGUGAAUGACCAGGCUUAUCAGGCUCUUCUGGCCGAGAGGGACGACCUGCAUGCCCAAGCCGAGAUCAUCACCAGUGAGAGGGAGUUCUACUGGCACAAGUUGACACAAAUUGAAGGUCUGGUCAAUGACCGUCUUGCACAAUUGGAGCCAGAAGAAGGUGAGACGCCGACAUCCGAGGGCAACAUUCUGAGAGAUGUGAAAGGCAUUCUCUACGCUACCGACGACGGAGGAGACGCACUGGCGCAGGACGUUGAAGGCCUCGAUUUGGUCGAUGGCGAGGAGGAGGAGGUGUUUUAG